ACAAUGACCCUUCUCGCGGAUGGUAAGACAGUCUACUUAGAAACUCCAGGGUUACCCACCAGCCAACCGAAUUCAGAUUCAGGCCGGCGCCCCGCCCCACAGAGCCCAGCCGCUCUCGCAGGUCCGCGCCGGAGCGAGUGCGCAUGCGUACUACCGGGCUUGCCCGUGGGACGCAGACGGAAAGAUGGCGGCUCCCAGUUGCCCCACUCCACUAUACGGCCAUGUGGGCCGCGGUGCCUUCAGCGACGUGUAUGAGCCCGCGGAAGACACGUUCCUGCUCCUGGACGCGCUCGAGGUGGCGGCGCCGGAGCUGGCUGGAGUGGAAAUAUGCCUGGAAGUUGGGUCAGGGUCUGGUGUGGUAUCUGCAUUCCUAGCCUCUGUAAUAGGUCCUCAGGCUUUGUACAUGUGUACUGAUAUCAACCCCAAGGCAGCAGCUUGUACCCUGGAGACAGCACGCUGCAACAAAGUCUAUAUUCAACCAGUAGUUACAGAUUUGGUCAAAGGCUUACUACCAAGAUUGAAGGAAAAAGUUGAUCUUCUGGUGUUUAAUCCUCCCUAUGUAGUGACUCCAUCUGAAGAGGUGGGAAGUCGUGGCAUAGAGGCAGCUUGGGCUGGUGGCAGAAAUGGUCGCGAAGUCAUGGACAGAUUCUUCCCACUGGCUUCAGAUCUCCUUUCACCAAGAGGAUUAUUCUAUUUAGUUACCAUUAAAGAGAACAAUCCAGAAGAAAUUUUGAAAAUAAUGAAGACAAAAGGUCUGCAAGGGACCACUGCACUUUCCAGGCAAGCAGGCCAAGAACUACUGUCAGUCCUCAAGUUCACCAAGUGCUAAUACACAGUCUGUGCUGCGAACUACUGGAAGCUGAAUGCAUUCAACGUGUUUUGAUACUGAAAACAUUCCUUGGCCAAAAAGGAAAUUUAUCAGAAAUUUAUAAAGGAAAAAAUGGAAGAGUGGGACAUUUCCUCUUACUCAGGAAUCAGGCCUACAGAAAUAUUUGUACAGAUGCAAGUAGAUAUGUAUGUUACGUUUAUAAUUGAAAUUUUAUAUAUAAUAGUUGUAUUUGUUAUGGAUGAAAGCAUAUUUAUUUCAGUAUUGUUCAUAAUUGCAAAAUAAUGGAAUCAACCUAGAAGUCUCACAGUAAAGAGACUGGUUAAAUAAAUUAGUAUAUCCAUUUCCCAAACAUGCUGCCAUUAAACAUGAGUUAGGUCGGGGGACCAGCAGUUAGCAUAAUGGCUAUGUUGCUGGACUCCCAUGUAGUCGACCGUGGU